UUUUUGUUCUAACAUGAUAUCGCCGGUUUCCUGGAUUCUAUAUGGAUUGUAUAUUGUUUUACUUGCUGGCAAUUGCAUAAGUUGUGCUAUAAACAAAAAAACUGAUAUCAAAUUUAUGUUAUAUACCAGCCAAAAUCCCUCUGAAUAUGAAUAUUUAUAUGUGGGAGAUAAAAAUGGCUUGCAGCAAAGCAAUUUUAAUUUCACUAAUCCUUUGGUUAUCUAUGUGCAUGGCUUUAAUGAGUUAGCGAUAGCUGAAAAACAAAGUAGUCAGAAGAUUAAAGAUGCAUUUUUGCAAAGUGGCGAUUACAAUGUCCUGCUCAUCGAUUGGAGUAAAUUGGCUGCUGCACCCUGGUAUCUCAGUGCUGUUGGUAAUUUGCCAACUAUAGGGAAAUAUGUGGCAAGAUUUAUAAGAUUUUUGAUGCAACAGAGCUAUGAAGUGGAAAAAAUCCAUUUAAUUGGUUUUAGUUUGGGUGCCGAAAUAGCUGGUAAUAUAGGCAGACAAUUACAAAAAUGGAACAUCACUUUGCCCAGAAUAACAGGCCUUGAUCCCCCUUGGCCUUUAUUCCAUGAAGGCAGCCGCCAUCGCUGCUUGAGCUACAAAGUCGCAGAAUUUGUUGAUGUUAUACAUACAGAUGAUUGCAUCUUGGGCAAUCCCAAGGCCAUGGGUCAUGCUGAUUUUUAUCCCAAUGGCGGUCAUGCCUUGCAGCCAGGCUGUGUUAGAAGGAAAAAGUUCCCGGGUGGUUUGUUAAAAAUUAUGAGCUGCAGCCAUCAACGUGCCUGGAAAUAUUUUAUUGAAUCUAUACAACGCCUUUUUGCUUUUAAGGCCAGGCGUUGUAAGCCUUCCAAGUCAUUUAGUACUUGUAGUUUUGAUGACAAUGGCGAAGCUUUUAUGGGAAUGACAGCUGAUAAAAGGUGA